ACACAUUAAUGCUGCCAACAAAGGCAGCUAGUAAAAAAAAAAAAAAAAAAAAAAAAAUCAUCUGACACCCACUAUAUAAACAUGAACAUCAGCCAGAGAGCCACCUGAAGUGAUCCACAUCCAAAGGGACCAUGAUGAAGCUUGCCUUUAUCCAUGUUUUGGUUCUUGUUGGUGCUGCAUCAGGGGCCAUUGAAAAGAGGAUUGUUGGGGGCAAGUCCUGUGACAAGGACAGGCAGUACCAUGUCCAGAUACAGUCUCUCCAGGGGGGGAAGUCCUGUGGAGGCUCUCUGCUCAACACACGCUGGGUCAUCACAGCUUCUCACUGUGCAGAACAGGUUGUGAAACUGCAGCUCGGCUUAAACAAUGAUGUGUCAGUGUUUACCAAAAUUGGGUCUUUCUUUAAAGGAUCAUCCAAAAAAUUAGAGCAAGUCAUCAAACCUGACCAACAGUUUACCUACAAAGACGAGGAGGGUCAUGCCCAUGACAUCAUGCUCAUAAAACUCAGUGAGGAUAUGUCUGCUAAACUUCCCACCAUCAAGCUUCCUCCUGUGGAAUGUACCAAACCAGAGGUGGGUCAGCAGGUUGAGAUUGGAGGCUGGGGACCUGAGAAAGCCGACGUGACAAAGGCCAAAAUCCCUAAGAAGUUGAAGUGUGCCAGUACAGACAUCAUUGCAUGUGAUGAGAAUGAUAAACCUGGUGAUAAAUACUUCAGUGAUGAAGCUACCACCAUGUGUGCCUUUAAACCUGGUGUGGAGUCCUGCAUUGGUGAUGACGGUUCAGCUGUGGAGUAUAACAAUGUCUUACAUGGGAUUAUUGUAAACAGUCCUGUUGAUAAGUGUGCAAACCGCAUUGUGAUGCUCAAUAUCUGUCACUACAGGAAGUGGAUUGAUGAAACCAUGCAGAAAAAUUAAUCAAUAAACCUCACAAGAUAAUACAGAAAUUGCAAUUAUACUUAAAACAUCUAUUUUUCAUUUAUGAUCAUAAUCACCUGCCAAAUUGGCUUAAUUUUAUGUUAGAGUAAAAUUUGGAAAGAUCAGGAGGAGUCAACAACAAAUAUGGUCUGACUUUACACACUUUGGUAUUUUACACUGUGUAGGAAGAAACUUUUUUUUCUUUUUACAAUGCAGUGUUUUUAAAAGUGCAUUUAGGACCACUGUGUUAUCCAGAUCUGUUUUUAAAAUUAUAACUGUAGGCCUGUUUUCUUUCUGAGUUCUUUCUCUGAAACCAAAUUUCUUCCAUGAAUAAAAGAAAAAUAAAUCUA